CUGAGGCUUGCCAAGGACAGCAACCCGAAUCACUGGUUAGGCUUCUUGCGACUCCACGCCGCCCCCGGUUCAGAUAGAAGCGCAAAUCUAGCUCGAGCGUCAGAGAUUUCUCACGCCACCGCCGAAAGGUGCAAGAUGCUCUCACGAUCCAACGCUGCGCUCUUGCGCGCCACAUGGCAAACGUCGAGCCGGACAGAGAGUCUGCGCUCUGUUGCAACGUCAUCUGCUGCACUUCUCCAUGCAGGUAACGGUUCUUCAUUGAUAGCUUGCAAAUGUCAAAGCGGUGCCGCGACCGGCAAGAGUGCUCCGAGCCGCCUCGUUGCUAGCGUGGACAGCCUGCUGGGAGACGUGGCGCUCCGCAGCGUGGCCAGAAGGCAGCUUCCUUCGAAGAUGGUGUCUUCAAAGCGGUACUUCCAUUGCAGCUCAAGGGCGCAGCACGGCUCGCUCAAACGACCAGAACCUGGGACAGGGAUUAAGGUGACAUUCCGGGACUCUAAAGGCAGCGACAUCAAGACAGUCGAAGUGAACGAAGGCGAUGACCUUUUGUCCAUCGCACACGAGUACGACAUCGACUUAGAAGGCGCCUGCGAAGGUUCAAUAGCAUGUUCGACAUGCCACGUCAUCCUCGAGCCAGACGUGUACGACAAGCUUGAAGAGCCAGGGGAUGACGAGAACGAUAUGCUCGAUCUGGCCUUUGGCCUGACGGACACAUCGCGCUUGGGGUGUCAGGUCAAGGUCACAAAGGAGCUUGAUGGCAUGGUCGCGCAGCUGCCGGCAGCAACGAGAAACAUGUACGUCGACGGCGCGAAGGCGGGACACGGCUCCUAGGCUGCCACAGGUUCAAAGGAAGUGUCUCGUAUACUUGCGAGCGCGCAGACAGGCAUUCAGAUCUGCGCUGCAGAGUCCUGCAGGAGAAACGUGCCCAUGACCUUUUCUGUAUUCUUGGCAUA